AGUCUCUGUGUUAAUGAUAUAAACGGCACCAAAACUGUCAUCUUCUUCGCCUAAGACAUUGCUUGUACUCUCCUAGGCGAUUUCGAGACUCAACCAACUCUACGUAUCUCUCAGGUUUAUUGAAUGAUGAAGAAGGCUACGGGGAAGGAGGGUAAGGCUGUAACAUUGGUCUAUUGGGACAUCAAGGAGUAUCCGGUUCCCCCUGGCUUUGAUCCACGUCGGGUCCGUCCGUGCAUUAAUGGGCUCUUGGAAUCUCAUGGCUACUCUGGUCCUGUCACCAUCUACGCCGUUGGCAUACUAACAGACGUCCAUGUUGACAUCCUUCGAGCUCUCUCUUCCUCUGGGAUCAUCCUUGAAUAUGAGAGUUCCAAUUCUUUAGUUUCUUCUGUUUAUACUUUAUAUAUAGAGAGUUUCUUCAAGUCUUUAGUUUCUUUCUGAAACAGGUUCCUCAGCCAUCAUGUCACUUAUGGAUGAGUGGAUGGAUGAGAAUUCACCUCCAGCUAAUAUGUUGGGCAUAUGCUUUCCCAAUGCCUUCCCGUCACCACUUGAAAGUGGAUACAACCUAUUCAGGCCGUUUUCAUUUACUUCUCCUGAAGAAGAUGCCAUCACCUGGAUUAACUUAAUUCUGACAGUGUCAGGGACACUUGAGGAUGAUAAAUGCAGUGAAACAACGGAUCAAUCUGCCGUCUGGUUCUGCUCAAUAUGCCAAGAUCUUGUUGGCGAUGGCAAAGAUCUUCGUGGCCAAGGCUUCGAUACUUUCACCAGCCAUCUCUCUUCCGAAGGACAUGUAGUUACGAGGACGGAGUACCUGCCUUUCGAGGAUCAUUUACCCUUGCCGAGAUUCAGGGACGAGGAUGAGAAUCCCCCCACCAUUGUGAGAUGGCAACCAGAGAAGGCUACUCUGGAGGAGGCUGAGGCUGUAACAUCGGUCUUUUGGGACAUCAAUUUGUUUCCGCUUCCCCCUGGCUUUGAUGCUCGUCUAGUCCGCCCGUCCAUCAAUCGCUUGUUGGAAUCUCAUGGCUACUCUGCUCCUCCCACCAUCUACGCCGUUGGCUUAUUAACAAACGUCCAUGAUGACAUCCUUCAAGCUCUCUCUUCCACUCGAAUCACUCUUUAUUAUGCCCCACACGGUUCCACAGACAUCAAGUCGCUUAUGUCUCGGUGAAUUUCUACGAAUCCACCCCCGGCUAAUAUUUUGGGCAUAUGCGAUCCGAGAGGCUUCCCUCUACCUUUGAGUGGAUACAACAUUUUCCGGCCGUUUUCCUAUUCUUCUCUUAAACAAGACUCCGUCCUCUGGGGAAGCUCUCUUCUGGCAGCAGAUUCAGGGGCUCUUGAAGAGGAUACGUGCACGGGUGAAUCUGCCAGCUGGUAUUGCUUAAUAUGCAAUCAUAUUGGUGGCCAAGGCUUCAAAAGUUUCACCAGGCAUCUCUCUAGUCGAAGCCAUUCAGAAAACCGUUCACAUCAGGGAAAGUAUUCUAAGAAACGGAGGACGUGAACACGAGAAGGAGAAAAAGAGUACUUGGUCCAUGGUGGUGUUCUUCUCUUGUUGGUGAUUGGUUCGUUCUACUUCUAGCGGCAAAUCUUGGGUUGAUCUAUGCAUAUUUUCGAGUCGUUUUAUUUUACUUUUAUGAACUGUACUUUUUAAAGUGUGUUUCAAAUUGAUCAGUAAAUGUGGUAGCGACAGUAAAACGAACAGUAAGAAUGUUUGAUAGUAAUGCCUACUUCUAACUUUUUUCUAGA